GAGUGGAUGACACUAGAAAACAAACUAAUCCCCUCUUUCUUUCUCAGCAUACUCCUAGAUCUCUCCUUCAUUUGCCCAGCCACCCUUUCGAACUGUUGUCCGAAAACUUAGACUGAACUGGUGUUCUUACAGCUCCACUUUGCAGAAAAAUAUAUAAUCCUUUCUGUCUUAAAUACAUUGGAGACUUGGAGUGAAGUGAAAAAAAGAAAAAAUUUUGAGGGAAAUUCGAGAAAAUCCCUGUAAUUUCGGAGGUCAUGGCCAUGGCGUCAUCGAAGGUUAUAACGAACAAUUCGCAGGCAAAUCCGGAUCUGCCACGUCAACCAUCUCUUUGCUCGUCGCUCUCCUCACUCCUAGCGGAUCUUCAGAACCAACAACAACCGCAACAGCUUCAGCAGAAUCAAUCCAUGAACAUGGACGAUCUACUCAAGAACAUCUACUCCUCUCCGCCGCCGCCAACUGCUACGGACGCCCACGCGCAGUUCCACGGCGCGUCGAUCCCACGUGAGGACGUGGGGAGCAAGUCCUUUGAUGAUGUUUGGAAGGGGAUCGUGGCGGGUGGUGGUGACCAGAGACAGGGCGGCGCGUCGGAGAAGAUUACGUUGGAGGAGUUUCUGAUGACCAAGACUGGGGCGGUGAGGGAUGGAGAAGCGGGGGUGGUGGUUAAUCAGGUAGCCGUGGGGAACGUGGGAACGGCGGUUUAUGCUCCUGUGGAACCAGCAGUGAUCAACGUUGGUCAAUUUUCCGGCUUUGCGAAUAACAGUGGAGUGGAUCACCCGAGAUUGGUGGGACCUAGUGGAGGCGGGAGAGGGAAGCGUCGCGCAAUGGAUGAGCCUCCGGUGGAUAAGGCCACCCAGCAGAAGCAGAGGAGGAUGAUCAAGAACAGAGAAUCCGCUGCGAGGUCUAGAGAGCGCAAGCAGGCUUAUACAAUUGAAUUGGAAUCUCUCGUAGCUCAACUGGAGGAGGACAAUGCAAGACUCUUGAGAGAAGAGUCAUGGUUGCGAUGUGCUAAAGAAUUUUUUAUUGCUGCAAAGUUAUUAGUAAAGUUAUAUUCUCAGAUGAAACUUUAACCGUGUGAAUUUUUUGUUGGAUUGACAAAGAUGCCUGCAAAGUCAUAUGCUGACUUGAUUCCUUCCUAAGAUGUACUUACUGUCAAUCCGUCAUAAAAAUCAAAGUAAGAGGAAUGCUUGAAGGGCAUAUGUUCUAAGUUUAUUUUGAAUAGAAAGAAGGUAUAACUUUAUAGGACUUGCUUUAUGAGAGUAGAAUUUGAAACAAAGGGGAAGUUUCCAGCAGUUAUGCAACCUGAAGAUUCUAUAACACGGUUACUCUUAUCACUUAAUGGCUGCCAUUGAUGAUGGACAUAUCUGUAUAAAAUUGAUAUAGCCAGAUGGAUGAGUUGAUUAUUCUAAUUUUUUGUCCUUCAUAUCCUUUUGCAAGGAAGUUAACGAUCCUUUCUUUUGCUCUAUUUGCAAGACACAAUGAUUUUAUACUCAUGUAAUAAGAAAGGGAAAUAUUUAUCAUUUGCUUCUCUUUUAUGUGCCAAUAUACUUCUCUCUGCAAGGAACUUCAUUUCUUACUUCGUUUUCAUCCCAUUUUCUUAGAAGUUUCUAAUGUGUUUAAAUUUUCUGCUUGCAGGCUGAGCUGAACAAGGAAAGGUUCCAACAGCUAAUGAAGAACCUCAUACCGGUCGAGGAGAAGCCAAGAAUACCUCGUGCUCUUAAAAGGGUGAAUUCUGUGGAGUGGUAAAAGGAUUUUGCGCUUUUCUGGCUUGUUACUGAAGUUGCUUAUCAGCAAGGAACAAUUUAGCUGGGGGACGAGGAAAAAUGAAAUUACAGGUUUCAUACAGAUAUCCUCAGAAUUUAAAUGGCUGUUAAAUUCCCGAAAAUCGUCUCAUGUAUUUGCAUAGAGCAGGUAUUGUAGACAUGAAAAGAUCAUCCAUAGAAAAUUUGGUUAUUCUCUUUUGGAUACCGAGGAAAUGGUGUAAAGUAGGUCUGGUUUGGUAGGCUGUACAGAUCCUUACUAAUUAUCGUAUUUAAAUAUUCUUGCUAAUUAGCAGAGUAUUCAUAUGCCAUAUACCAGUCCCCACUCUUAAUUUUUGAGAGUCCUAUCCUCCUAACCAGUCAUUUGGAUUAUUGGAAAUGUUAUGAUUACAAUAUCAUCAAGCUUUUUAAUGAGGCAAGUAAUUCAAUAAAUUAAGUUUGGAGUU